GAGGAGAGCUCGCGGAGACGCGGAACGAUCCCACCGUCCCUGAACGCAUUUUCACGUCCGAGCGCUCAUUCCUCACGAGACGGUGAAGCUUCUCAAAGUUUGGGAUAAACUGCAGCAAGCCGUGACCUCCCCCCCUCUGAACCCGGGACAUCGUCUGCGUGUUUCGGGACUUUGUGUUUCGGAGGUCGAGCCGCUGGUUCUCCUGUCUCACCUGUCCCAUCCGCCGCUCCUCGGCGCGUCCUGUCCGGCCAGCAGCGUCCCCAGCUCACCCACCAGUUUGAUCCAGCUCCAGAGUCCAGCUGUGAGCGACCCGUCUGUUAGAUCGGUAUCAUCAGGAUGAAGAUGAGACAGCCCGGAGCUCUGUGUGGCUUCAUUCUGCUCGCCCUGGCCGUCCUCGCCACCGCCAGGCCGAAAGCAGGUGCUGAGCAGAAAUGUAAGUCUGGUCCGGUGGAUCUGGUCUUCCUCAUCGACAGCUCCCGCAGCGUCAGGCCACACGAGUUUGAGACCAUGAGGAAGUUCAUGAUCGACAUCCUGAACACCCUGGACAUCGGACUCAACGCCACCAGAGUGGGAGUGGUUCAGUACUCCAGCCAGGUCCGCAGUGAGUUUUCUCUGAAGUCGCACGCCAAGCUUGACGCCAUGGUGAAAGGCAUCAAUCAGAUCAUCCCCCUCGCCCAGGGGACCAUGACCGGACUCGCCAUCAGAUAUGUGAUGAACGCAGCUUUCACCGCCGAGGAAGGAGACAGGCCAAAGGUCCCAAAUGUGGCCGUGAUCGUGACGGACGGGCGUCCUCAGGACCGAGUGGCGGAGGUUGCAGCUGAGGCCAGAGAGAAAGGCAUCGAGAUCUACGCUGUGGGCGUGGCCAGAGCCGAUAUGGCGUCACUGAGGGCGAUGGCGUCCCCACCCUUUGAAGACCACGUCUUCCUGGUGGAGUCCUUUGACCUCAUUCACCAGUUUGGACUACAGUUCCAGGACAAGCUCUGUGGUGUGGAUCUGUGUCUGGAGUCGGAUCACGGCUGUGAGCACAUCUGUGAGAGCUCCCCGGGCUCCUUCCACUGCCUCUGUCUGCCUGGAUACACUCUGAACGAUGACGGCAAGACGUGUGCAGCCAUCGAUCUGUGUGCGGAGGGGAAACACGACUGUGAGCAGAUCUGCGUCAGCUCUCCCGGCUCAUUCACCUGCGACUGCAACAAAGGAUACAAACUGAACGACGACAAGAAGACCUGCUCAAUGAUCGACUACUGUUCGUUUGGGAACCACAGUUGUGAUCACGAGUGUGUGAGUGUGCUCAAUGGCUAUCACUGCCGCUGUAACGACGGCUACAGGCUGCAGGACGACGGCAAGACCUGCCAGGCCAUUGACCUGUGUGCCGAGGGGAAACAUGACUGUGAACAAAUCUGCGUCAGCGCGCCCGGCGUCUUCACCUGCGACUGCAACAAAGGAUACAUACUCAAUGAAGACAAGAAGACCUGUGCACCCAUUGACCUGUGUGCUGAGGGAAAGCACGACUGUGAGCAGAUCUGUGUCAGUGCGCCCGGCGUCUUCACCUGCGACUGCAACAAAGGAUUCAAGCUCAACAAAGACAAGAAGACCUGCACGAACAUGGACCUGUGUAACACCGUGGAGCACGGCUGUGAGCACCAGUGUGUGAGCACUCCAGGAGCGUACUACUGCGUCUGUCCGGAGGGACAGCUGCUGCAGGACGACGGCAAGAGCUGCGGCACCUGCAAGUCAGCCAACAUCGACCUGGUGCUCCUGAUCGACGGCUCCAAGAGCGUCCGCCCCCAAAACUUUGAGCUGGUCAAGAAGUUUGUAAACCAGGUUGUGGACUCUCUGGACGUGUCCGCUCACGGCACCAGAGUGGGUCUGGUUCAGUACUCCAGCCGAGUCCGGACAGAGUUCCCUCUCAACAUGUACCACACCGCGGACGAGAUCAAAGCUGCGGUCAUGAAGGUUGAUUACAUGGAGAAAGGCACGAUGACGGGUCUGGCCCUGAAACACAUGCUGGAGAACAGCUUCUCUGAGGCCGAGGGCGCGCGUCCCGCCAGCCGCAACAUCCCCCGGAUCGGACUGGUCUUCACAGACGGACGCUCGCAGGACGACAUCACGGAGUACGCCAAGAAGGCCAAAGAAGCCGGUAUUACGAUGUACGCAGUGGGUGUUGGAAAAGCUGUGGAGGAUGAGCUCCGUGAAAUCGCAUCUGAGCCUGUGGAGAAACAUUUCUAUUACACCACCGACUUCACCGCCAUCAGCACCAUCGCUGAGAACCUCAAACUCAACGUCUGUCCAGAGGAGAGUCAGGGGGAGAUCGAGGUGAAGGACCCGUGUGCCUGUGAGAGUCUGGUGGAGUUUCAGCAGGCCACCAUGAGCAGCCUGGAGCAGCUCACACAGAAACUGUCUGGUAUGACCGCUCGUCUGGAGCAGCUGGAGAACCAGCUUCUCUCCAGGAAGUGAUCUGAUCGUCAUCACAGCGAGCGAACGUGACGCCGCAGAGAGAAGAACAGAGUGAGGAAGACGAGGGCGCAACAGAAACCCUCCCAAUCAAAGGACAAAACCAAAGUGUCUUUUCACAAAGCCUUCGGUCAGUCUGUUCCUCCUCACGCUCAUGAGGACGGCAUUUGUCUGAAAGCUUGUGAUAUGGAAUCAUAUUUCUGGUAAAGAUGUAAAUGACCUAACUGUACUUUUGUCUUAAAAAAAAGAAAAGAAAAGAAAAAACACGUCCACUGUCCCAGCCGUCACAGAGAAAAACAGCUGCAAUACUUUCAGAAAACAGAUGGAUUUUACAUUUCCAGGUUUCCCAGAGACAUCUGUGUUUGUGAACAUUUAGGAUCAAUUCAAACAGACACACACACACACACACACACACACACACACACACUGUAGACUAUCUUUGUAAACUAGAUGU